CCUGUACUCCACACUGCCACUCGAUGGUCGAAUCCCCAACUCUGCGGCAGGAUUCCAACAGUAUAUAGUGCAUCGGCUCGCUCCUAAACCCCAUCCAGCAGCACUCUCAAAUGGCAGGGCUCAAAUCUCCAACACUCUACUUCUUCUUACUGAAUCUGAUUUCACUUCUGCCGCUCCUCGCCUUCUCCUUCUCCCCCGAUCAUCCCACUGACCGUCGGAUUCUUGUUCUGCUCGAUGACCUGUCCCUUAAAUCCUCGCAUUCCCUUUUCUUUUCCUCUCUGCAGUCACGUGGCUUCGACCUCGACUUCAAGCUCGCCAAUGAUCCCGCCGUCGCUGUCAAGCGAUAUGGCGAGUACUUGUACGAUGGGCUCAUUCUUUUCUCUCCUUCCAUCGAGCGGUUUGGAGGGUCCUUGGACAUGGGGGGAGUUUUGGAUUUUGUUGACUCGGGGCAUGACUUGAUUUUGGCCGCCGAUUCAAAUGCAUCUGAUUUGAUCCGGAACAUUGCCGCUGAAUGUGGGGUUGAUUUUGAUGAGGAUCCCUCUGCCGUGGUCAUUGAUCACACCAGUUAUGCUGUCUCAGAAACUGAGGGAGAGCACACCUUAAUUGCUGCUGAUGAUUUUAUUCAAUCUGAUGUCAUUCUGGGAAGCAAGAAAAUUGAGGCCCCUGUACUUUUCGAAGGGAUUGCACAUUCGAUGAAUCCUGGAAAUAGCUUGGUUUUAAAGGUUCUUUCUGCAUCUUCUUCCUCGUAUUCUGCUAAUCCAACCUCAAAGCUGUCAAGCCCGCCAUCACUUAGUGGAACUGCUAUUUCUCUAGUUUCAGUUGUGCAGGCCAGGAAUAAUGCCCGAAUUAUGAUAUCUGGGUCAUUAGAAAUGUUUGGCAACAGGUUGUUCAGAUCAGGAGUGCAGAAGAGUGGGAGCUUACACAAAUAUGAAAAAUCCGGCAAUGAACAGUUUAUAACUGAACUUAGCAAAUGGAUCUUCCACGAGAGGGGCCAUCUGAAGGCUGUGCAUGUUAAGCACAAUAAAGUUGGUGAAACUGAAGAGCCUCCAAUAUACAGGAUCAAUGAUGACCUGGAAUUUUCUGUUGAAGUUUUUGAAUGGUCCGGUAGUAGUUGGGUUCCAUAUGUUGCAAACGAUGUUCAAGUGCAGUUCUACAUGAUGAGCCCCUAUGUCUUGAAAACUUUGUCAACAAAUCAGAAGGGGCUAUAUCACACUUCAUUUAAGGUGCCCGAUGUUUAUGGAGUUUUCCAGUUUAAGGUCGAGUAUCAGAGGCUUGGAUAUACUAGCAUAUCUCUUGCAAAACAGAUUCCUGUACGACCCUUUAGACACAAUGAAUACGAGAGAUUUAUUACUACAGCUUUCCCCUAUUAUGGAGCUUCGUUUUCUACAAUGGCUGGAUUCUUCAUCUUCAGUAUCAUUUACCUUUACAACAAGUAAAAGUUUUCUGAAGGAACUUUAGCUCCAACUUUGGAACAGGACUAUGACUCCGUACCAUUUUUCGUUCCUCCAUUUUUCUGCAAGAGGCAAAGAACUCCUCGAAUUUUUGUUAACUAAAUAGCUUAGAAUAUCUGCUGACAUAUACCACAACUGUAAGGAUGCUUUUUUCGAUUGGAAUGAGGAAAGACUGCAGUUAGGUUAGUUUUAACUUAGUUUGUGUUUUGUUGGCUGAAUUUUUGGAGUUCAAUGAACAUGACGAAUAUUUACCUGAGGAAGUUUAGUCCCAA